AUGGCGGUCACGUCUGAGAUGCAGGAGACGAUGGGUCCGGAGGCCGAUUCUAGGCACCCUGAUUUGGCCCACACGGCAGAGGCGACUGGGACGGGAGGGGACAGCCAUCUACACUGGGAGCCUCGCUGCCAACGGCCCCUGCCCAACAGAGCACCCGUCACGGCACUGCUGCCCCCACGCCUCGAUGGGCCCUGGGUCUCCACUGGCUGCGAGGUGCGCCCGGGACCCGAGUUCCUCACCCGUUCCUACACCUUCUACCCCAACCGUCUCUUCCGAGGCUACCAGUUCUACUACAGGGACCCCUUCUGCCGGGAGCCCGCCCACUCCUUGCUCAUCAAGGGCAAGGUCCGCCUGCGCCGGGCCUCCUGGGUCACCCGGGGCGCCACCGAGGCUGACUACCAGCUACACAAGGUGGGCAUCGUCUUUCACAGCCGCCGUGCGCUGCUCGACGUCACCAGGAGCCUCAACCAGACCUGGGCGGGCCAGGACUGUGCCCAGCGGCUGCCCCCGGCCCGGGCCUGGCUGCCCGGGGCACUGUAUGAGCUGCUGAGUGCCCGGGCCAAGCGGGACUGCACGGAGGCGCUGGGCUUCACCAUGCACGAGCUCAGCCUGGUCCGCACGCAGCGCCGCGUGCAGCUGCAGCCCCGGGCCGGGCCCCGGCUGGUGGACGAGCUAUUCCUGGGGGACGUCCACACCGACCCAGUGGAAAGGAGGCACUACCGGCCCACGGGCUACCAGCGCCCGCUUCAGAGCGCCCUGCACCACGCUCGCCCCUGCCCCGCGUGCAGCCUCAUCGCCGGCUCCAACGAGCACCACCCGCCCGUGCUGCCCCCCCAGGUGGCCCUGCCCCUGCGCCUGGGCGGCCGCUGGGUCAGCCCCGGCUGCGAGGUGCGCCCCGCUGUGCUGUUCCUCACCAGGCUCUUCACCUUCCACGGGCACAACCGCUCCUGGGAAGGGUAUUACCACCAUUUCUCGGACCCCGCCUGCCGUCAGCCCACCUUCACCGUCUACGCAGCCGGCCGUUACACCAGGGGCACGCCGUCCAACAAGGUCCUCGGGGGCACCGAGCUGGCGUUUCAGGUCACGCGGGCCCGGGUGACUCCCAUGGACCAGGUCACCACGGCCAUGCUCAACUUCUCCGAGCCGAGCAGCUGCGGGGGCCCGGGGGCCUGGUCCUUGGGGACCGAGCGGGACGUCACAGCCACCAACGGGUGCCUGCCGCUGGGCAUCAGGCUCCCCCACGUGGAGUACGAGCUUUUCAAGAUGGAGCUAGACCCCCUGGGGCAAAGCCUGCUCUUCAUUGGACAAAGGCCCACGGACGGGUCGAGUCCCGACUCCCCGGAGAAGCGCCCCACGUCCUACCAGGCGCCCCUGGUGCUCUGCGACGGGCUGUCCGGGCCCCUGUUGCAGAAGCCCGACCUCAGGGGCGGGGGGCCAUGUCCCCGAGGGGCCCCUCUCCCCGCCCUGCCCCUUGCUCUAGGGCUGGCCCUCCUCGAGUGGCUAUGAAAUUAACGUGGGACCUGCAGGCCGCUCCUCUGGCCCCUCGCCGCCCCGGGGGACUCCCUCGGGGCACCGACCCCUCCAGCCAUGGGUGAGGAAGUGCCCGUCCCCCGCUCGGCUCUGUCUCCGCCGUGGAGAGCGACGCGGCCCCGCUGCACCCCCCCCCCCCGGGGCAGGGGGAGCUGAGCACCCGAAUCCAGGUGCACCUGCAAAGCCCAGGACAGCACGGCGGGCAAUUCGACGCGAGCGCUGACCACGAACCUGGGCGCGGCCGCGUCAACCGCCGCGCGUCUCUGAGCGCUCGCUCCGGGGUUUCCCGGGCGGGUGGAGGACAGCACCCCUUCUCCCACUCCGUCCUCGGCCUUUUGGGGGACCGGGAGCGACAGUCCGCACGGGGCCGGGGCUGCUCGGCCGGGCCCGCGGCUUGUCGUCUAAACACGUCUAAACACGUCUAAACACGAUCAAUCCGAAUUUAGCGAGACAAACUCAAACCGCAGCCGUGAAUUAAAGAAGCUGCUUCGGGCUUUCGGGUACGUCGCCCCAGCUUUCUGGAAGAGGGCUGGUCUCCUUGGGGGCGCCUCGGCUGUCUUGCGCCCUGACUGCUGGCACUUGCCUGCACUUGCCCCUGCGUCUGCCAGCCGGGGCCUCGAGCCGGCCGCACGGCGCAGCCCUCCCGGGCCAGCGCUCCCCGGGGCCCAGAAGAGCGCCUCCCGCGCCCGCACCAGGCUGGCUGCUGGGGCAGGUCUUUGGAGGAACCUUGGAGAGUAAUUAAUACUAAUGAUCGCGGUAACACCGGCCUGCUCUGUAAUUAGCCCCCCGCACAGGCGUCCUCUGUUCUCAAGGCUCCCUGUGCUUAAGUGACAAGGAGGGAGAGGAACCUCCGAGUGUGUUUUGGGGACCAUCCCAGGGAGAGGUCAGGGUCACCGGGCUCCGUGGCAACUUCUGGAGAAGGAGGCAGCCUGCUCGCUGUGUGAUGUCCUCCUCUGCCCUGGGGGGGGGGGGGGGGGGCUGUCAUCAAGGUGGGGGGAGGACACAAGGCCCCUGCCUGUGUUCCCAGGGCCUCCUCUGUCUACUGCGAAAUUAACUAGCAUCCUGGUGGGCUCAAGGGUUUCCGGGACUCUGUGCCUGUGAUACGCCCCCUCCUUCCUCCCCCCGAUUCCUAUCUCUGGCUCUUAUCACAGAUCUUGAACAACAAUUGUCUGUGAGGCUAAUGAUGCUUUCAGAGCAAGCCCCUGUCUUCCGUGAGAUUGUGUGGGGUUCCAUUAGCCCGCUGAAAUUGCUCUGACUUAUCUACCCAUUCUUCAACAACAACAACGGCAACAACAAAAAUACAAAAGAAAAGAAUCCCACCAAGUUAAUAUUCUCUGUAGGUCUCGCAAAGCUAGGAGAGUUCCUGGUGUAUUUACCGAAGUACAAAAAGUAAUUAAGAUUAUUUACGGUCUCAGACUG